CAAAAUAUUAAUUCUACCGUCACAACAGUAGGCUCUAGUGUUUUCCCAUGAAAAUCUACUGCCGGAUCACGAAGCUGAUCUGGCAACGCUGCACGCGCACCCAAGUGUUUCUCUCUCUUUAUCUGACACAUGCGGCUGUCGUAUUAAGAUAUAUCGCGCUCUCCCUCUUUCCGAAAUACUAUUGGUCGUAAUAUUUUCAUCAGUAAGCAUGGUCGCUAAAACAAUAGACAUUCGAUGGAAAAUACGUUAAAUUUCUCUUUCUUCUCGAUGACACGCCGUAAUUUGCGUUCUAAACUACUGUUUGAGUGAGUUGCUAAGUAAAAACCAAAAUUAUACCUGUGAUAUAUCAAAGACUGACUGAGAUUACGGAAAUAAACCGCUACCAAUACAAAUAUUUAAAAGUGUCUAAAACCAUGUCGGAUUCUUUUCGAAAAUUCGACUUAGAAUCGCGCUGUAAAGAUGGAGCGACCAGAUUUGGACCAGACGAUGACUUCGAACUCAUCAAUGAUAGCCUCACUAGGAUUAGAUGUCUGUACCCACACGCAAAAAAGGUCUUAAUUAACACCUAUUCUAACCAAAAAAAGGAUCUUAGACAGGCGGAGUUUAGAAGAACCGAAGGCAAUGACUGCUUUCGUAAGAAAAUGUACGGACAGGCUUUAAAAUAUUACAACCAAGGUGUGAUCACUUGUCCACAGGAUUCAGAUGCUUCAAAGGAAGUUCUUUCAAUAUUGGUAGCAAACCGAUCUGCUUGUAACUUCGAAUUGGGCAUGUUUCACAAUUGCUUCCUCGAUAUUGAUUACUGCUUUGAAGUCGGCUUCUACCCAAAAACACUUAUCUAUAAAAUCUGGAUUCGCAAGGCCAAAUGUUUCGAUAUGCUCAACGAUAAGCAGCAAGCUUACGAAAACUUUGAACUAGCCAAAACGGCCUUAAUGUCGUGCAAUUUCGAUGGCAGAGCUCUGCAUAGCAAAAAAAAGGAAAUCGAGCAGUAUCAGCUGCAAUUGGCGACUUCGUUUUACAAUAUUGGAUUUAAUAUAUACACGCCUACAGAAGAGACUGGUAAAAUCAUCCCCCAUGAGAAAUACAAGGCUCUCACAGAGUUGGCUACAAUAGAAGAGAGCAAGGUUUUGGGGAGAUAUGCUGUGGCCGUUCAAGAUAUACCCGUUGGUACAAUGAUUUUGGAGGAAAAUCCCCACGCGGUUGUUCUGUCCUGCGAAAAUUGGCUGAAGAAUUGCCAGUACUGCUGCGCCUCCAUCAAAACGAUUGUUCCUUGCCGCGGCUGUCCGAUCGUCGGUUUUUGCAGCACGAAAUGCGAAAACCUGGCCCACAAGAGUUUCCAUAAGUACGAGUGCGGAAUUUUGGCCAGUCUAAUAAACAACGAUCCUUCCAUUAACUGCCUGCUGGCGCUAAGGCUGAUCACCAAACAGCACAUAAACACCUUCAAAGACAAAUACAACAAGUACAAAGGUUUCUUCGCCGACAAGUGCUCCGAUCAUAUUUUCCGGAAGAAACCGGUCUACAAAAGCGACGAUUACGACAUGGUUUUUUCCUUGUGUCGCAACGAAAGGUCCACGCACCCAUCGCAACUGCGCCACUGGACCUUCAUGGCGAUUCACCUCCUACGAGUACUGAAAUUAAGCAACUUUUUCGGCCCAGAACCGACACACGACGACAUUAUAACCGAUGAUGAAGUUUACAUUGGGGCUUUAAUGUUGAGGCACUUCCAGAUGCUUCAGUACAACUCACAUGAGAUUUCCGAGCUAAGAAACGUGGAGAAUCCAGUCGUCGAAAGGGGCAUGAAAAGUUUCUAUGCCAAUGUUGGCAUCGGAGCUGCCCUUUACCCAACAUUGGCUCUCUUCAAUCAUUCCUGUGAUCCCUCAAUUGCCAGAUAUAACAUAAACUCAAAAAUAGUGGUUAAAGCCAUAAAACCCAUUAAGGCUGGCCAACCGAUUUAUGAGAACUAUGGGCCUUUAUACAUGAGUGAGGGAAAAUUAGAGCGCCAGAGGUAUCUUCUCGAUAAAUAUAUCUUUACGUGUAAAUGUAAUGCAUGCACGAAAAAUUGGCCUCUAUUCGAUGAAAUGGAAAAAGACCUUGUUGCGAUGAAAUGCUGCACGUCAAGCUGCCCUCAAGUAUUCACUUUCAGUAUGACUGAUGAACCUAUAAUUGGCUGUCCCAGUUGUAAGGCUUGCAUGCCGAUUUUAAAUGGCUUGGCUAGUCUUAUGCAUUUAGAAGUCAUUCUUGCCAAUGCAGAAGAGUCUUUUAUGAAAGCUGACUUUGCUGAAGCGGCUGAAGGGUUUUGUAAGGCUUUGGAAAUGUUAUUUAAGGCUACAGUUCCUCCCCACGCCGAAAUUGUCAUGGUACAGCAACGUUACAAAAGUUGUUUAAUUCAUUAUGGAAACGCUGGAAGUAGAUACAUUUGUCGUUUGGGACAUUAGCAAUAUGUUUUUAUUUUAUAGUAUAAAAUUUAUACCCAGUGUGUUCAUUUUAAUGUUUUUUUACCUAUUUGUUGUUUAGGUUUUUUUGUUCAAUAAAUUUUAUCUAUUUUAUUGUUUUUUAAAAAUUUCACAUCUGUUUAACAUACUUAAUUGAUUAUAAGCAUGUGUAUAUACAGGUGUUUAUUAUCAAUCAAUUAAAGAUAAAGAUUUUGCCUAAUUUUUAUCACACAUGUAUCAUAUGUGGUCCAACAAUUGCGUAGCCAUGAAGUGGGUUUUUUUGGUGACGAUUUUUUUAUUCACCACAGGUAUACAAGGUUUAAAUGAAAAGUGUGAUUCAUCUACAACUUGCACAACUAUAAAUUCCAAAUGUAUUGAGAAUAAAUGUAUUUGUGAUGCCCUUUCUUAUUUGUCAGUCGAUAAAACAAAGUGCUUAACAUAUGCCACUGCCUAUAAGGAUUUCUGCCAAGAAGAUGAUCAAUGUAAGGCAUAUGAACAAUCAUUUGUUUGUACUAAAAAUAAGUGCACAUGUGGGGAUGGCAAAUAUUGGUACAAGGGUAAAUGCCUUAAACAGGCAAAUUUAAAUGAACACUGUGAACAAAAUGAUGAAUGUUAUAAUGGUUAUGAUGUUAAAGCCAUGACCUGUGGCGUGGUUACAAAGAAAUGUGAAUGUAAUGGUGGUUACUAUCUAAGGGAUGGUAUCGACUGUAGAAAAAUUAGUACUUCUCUUUGCUCCAUAGAUUUAGAUUGUAUACAAGCCGGUACUGGUAAUAAAUGUAAUUUACUGGGAAAGUGCGAAAAUCCAACUAAACAUAUUGAGGAAGAAAAUAUAAAUAAUUUAAUAGAAUUAACCACUUCAGUAAAUAAAAAAGAAGGUUUUUCCAAUUGCACGGAAAAUAUGGAUUGCGAUGAUUUGAACUCAAAAUGUGAGGAAAGUGUUUGUCAGUGUCUACCAGGAUUUACCAGAAUCAAAGGAAGCUGCUUACCAGGCUUCAGUUCAUGCAGCAUUGAUAAAGAUUGCAAAAUAGAAAACUCUAUGUGUCUCGACCUCUCCAAGACUUGUAUAUGCAAAAAAGGGUAUUUUUUGAGGGAUGGUAAAUGUGUGGGAGAAAUUGGAGCCACAUGCAAAAAUUCAAACGAAUGUUCAAAUGUUUUUGCUAGUUGUGCUACUAGUACUUGUAGCUGUUUGGAUAAUGCUUAUACAAACGACGAGUUUAAAGAAUGCACUAAAAAUAUAUGUCUUAGUGAUAUUGAAUGUGGAAAAUAUAGCAGUUGCGUGGGUACAAAAUGUAUAUGUAACGAAGGUUAUAAAAAAAUCAAUGAUAAGGUUCAAGAAUGUAGCCCUGUCCAUGGAGGAAUCUGUUUGUAUGACAGCUGCCCAGAAGGCAUGCUAUGUAUAGCUGGAACUUGUCAAUGUAGUGGAGAGUAUGUUUUAUCCUUGAACAAAAGUACAUGUAUUAAAGUGGCCAAUAAAAUCGGCGAUGCUUGUGAUGAACCGUUGCAAUGUUCAAAAUUCAACUUUGCGGAAUGUUCGAAGGAAAAAAAAUGUGCCUGCCAAGAAAAUUGUGUGUAUGUCGAGGAGCAUGGGAACUGUUAUAUUAAUAAAAGUUAUUCAACAUUCUGCAGUAAGAAUUUUGAGUGUACAUUUGUAUUAGGUGACGACUUUGUUUGUAGAAGCAAUGUUUGUCAAUGCCAUAUAGGGAGUGUUUAUAAAAAUAACAAGUGCACCUCAUCCAGUGACAAAAUAAGAAUAUCAGUUUUUAUGUUGUGUAUUUUAAGUAUUUUUUUUGUCUUUUAA